UCAUUGGUUCAAAAUAUUAAUAAUUUCAGAGAGUUUUAUGGUUUAUAUGAAUAAUAGGGUCCAUUGAAGCAUCUUGUUGGUCACACAAAUAUCUGCUCAUAACGUUAAAUGGCGUCAUCUGAAUCGGUCAGGUGCAGUCAGGUGAAAGGAGUCGUGCGCCUAAACUGUUCUGCGUGUAGUGUUUGUAAAUUUUGAAAGCCAAAGGGGGAAAAAAUCCACGAAAAAUGCGUCCUAAUUGUUUUCCUGCAAAGUGCUUCAGCAUCUGAGGAGCUCAGAUGGCGUCUAAAUAAGGUGGGGUGAGCAUGUGAAGUGCCAAAUAAACUUCCCGGCGAAUAGCAGGACUUCUGGGAGGAGCCUGGCUGUCAGGAGGCUGAGGUAUCCUCUUUUAGCAUCUCUCCUGAGCCAGCCAGGGAGUUGUGCUCAUGCCAUGUAGGGGAUUGAAAGAUGCUUAAAAUGAAGGAUCGAAGCAGUGGCAUUUUAAAGAAAUUCUGUUAUAAACGGAUUCAAGUAAAGAUGGACCAACUAAAACUACCUUCUUGAGCUCCAGGAAGAGAGGGUGUUUUUUCCCUCGCUGGUGAGUAAAAAAUUCAGUUGCACUCUAUUUUUUGUUGUUCUUGUUAGUUUCGCCUUAGUACUGGGAACAUGUUUUCAUCAAAUGUGCAGUUUUGUAAGGCAAUUUUCUCUCACUUCAUGCAUGUUAUAAUCUUGAAGAAAGUGCGCAUUUGUAUAUUUCUGGCAGACAGAAACAGUCUGAUCUUGUAUUUUUUAUCAACUUUCUGCGUGCAUCAUAAUAUUUUUCAUCUGCAGAUGAAAACUGAUGGUUCUUAAAUUGUUCUUCAGAUGUCUUCAUGGUUCUUUAAAGAGCCAUCAUACGUCAAAGAACCUUUUUAUUUUGUAGAUGGUUCUUCAGCUAUUACAAAUGGUUCUUUAAAGAAAAAAAGGUUCUUCAUCCUUAGCUAUCUAAGUUUGAUGGUGUAAAAUGGCAUAAAUAUUUAUUCACUAUAAUGAGGGUGUGAAUUAUACUGUGUGUUUUGUUUGUGUGUAUGUGUGUGCGAAGGUGGAGGGCGGGUUACCUGGUGAUUACCCUUUAAGAGCAGAUGGUAGGAAACUGAAUAUUCAAAUAAAGCUAGAAAUACUUGCUUAAAAAUAUACUGGUGGCAGGGGUGGGGGCCAAAGCCUAAUGAACACACUUACCAACACACUUACUUAGUUUUGGCAAAGCACACUGCUUGGGUAAAUGAUCUGAGUACUUGUUCAUCACUGAGCAAUUUAUUAAAAAUGUUUUUGAGCCGAAUGACAGGGAGAGAGAGAGACGUUAGAACACGUCGUACUAUGGCAACCUCCCGGGAGCGGAUGGAGGGGGUCAGUCGUUGGGAUGUGCAUGCGCAGGCAGAUCGCGCGAGCGGUGUGCCUUGAACUUUCUAAGGGAAAAACACUUUCUCACGACCGGUGACAGCGAAGCGGAUAGCAGUCUUGAGCACCUGCUGGUCUUUGAAGAUCUGGAUUCUGGGACUGUUGGAAAAGAGAGUUCCUCUUGUGACUCCACCUGCUUGAUUGCCCGUCUACACCGCCAACAUGCCAGUUUUCGACCGAGACGCCUCCGAAGAUUCAGGGGGCCGAGAUGCUCUGCCAAAGCUGCCGGUGCCCAACCUGAAAGACACACUGGACAUGUACCUGAGGUGCAUGAAGCACCUGCUCACAGAAGAACAGUUCAACAAGACGCAAAACAUAGUGACGCAGUUUGGAGCCCCUGGAGGAGUGGGGGAGCUACUACAGAGCAAACUCACGGAGAGGAGCGAAAACGUGGCAAACUGGGUUUAUGACUACUGGCUGAAUGAUAUGUACCUGAACAACAGACUUGCUCUACCUGUCAACUCAAGUCCUGCAAUGGUCUUCCCACAGCAGAACUUCAUGGCUCCUAUUGACUCUUUAAGAUUUGCUGCACACUUAAUAUCUGGAGUUUUGGAGUACAAGACUCACCUUGAUGACCGUGACCUGCCUGUGGACUAUGCCCGGGGCCAGCUGGCAGGAACGCGUCUGUGUAUGGAGCAGUAUUAUCGUCUCUUCACCUCCUACCGUCUGCCAGGACCUGAGAGGGACACUCUCGUAGCACAGGAGAGUAGCGUGAUGCCAGAACCUGAACAUAUCAUCGUGGCGUGCAAAAACCAGUUCUUUGUGCUGGAUGUGAUGAUCAACUUCCGGCAACUGAAUCAAAGAGAUUUGCUGACUCAGCUGGAGAAGAUUGUCAAGAUGGCUGACAACGAAGAAGAGCAGCUCCCUCCUAUAGGGCUUCUCACUUCAGAUGGACGGACAGAGUGGGCUGAGUCUCGUAGUGUACUAAUGAGAGAGUCUACCAACAGGGACUCGCUGGACAUGAUUGAGCGUUGUCUGUGUCUCGUCUGUCUGGACGACGCAAGUGGACCUGAACUUAGUGACACCAAACGAGCCAUGUUGAUGCUGCAUGGAGGUGGAUUGACAAAGAAUGGAGGCAACCGCUGGUAUGAUAAGCCAAUGCAGUUUAUUGUAGGAGCUGAUGGCUGCUGUGGAGUCGUGUGUGAACACUCUGCAUUUGAAGGAAUUGUCCUUGUGCAGUGCACAGAGUAUCUCCUCAAAUGCAUGAUUGGGAGUCCAUCAAAGCUGGUCAGAGCUGCAAGUGUGAGCGAGCUGCCCGCGCCACGCAGACUCCGCUGGAAAUGCACUCCUGAAAUUCACAAGCUCAUCACAUCUGCUGCUGAUAAACUCCAGAGAAUGGUAAAGAAUCUGGAUAUAAAUGUCCACAAGUUCCAUGAUUACGGGAAAGGGUUUAUCAAGAAGCAGAAGAUGAGUCCAGAUGCCUACAUCCAGCUUGCUCUUCAGUUAGGCUUCUACAGGUGUCAUGGCAGACCGGUGUCCACCUAUGAGAGUGCUUCUCUACGUCGUUUUCAGCAAGGCAGAGUAGACAACAUUCGCUCAGCAACACCUGAAGCCUUUGCCUUUGUCAAAGCAAUGACUGAAAGGAAAAACAGCACAAGUGACACAGAAAUGAUGGAACUGUUGAAAGGAGCGAUAACUGCACAGACCAGUUAUACACGUCUGGCUCUUACAGGGAUGGCAAUAGACAAUCACCUACUAGGGCUGCGUGAAAUUGCACAUGAAAUGAAGAUGGGGAAGCUCGAAAUGUUCAAAGACGAAGCCUAUCUUAUCAGUAAUCAGUUCAUUCUCUCUACAAGUCAGGUUCCCACUACUGUUGAAAUGUUCUGCUGCUAUGGACCCGUGGUUCCAAACGGAUACGGCGCGUGCUACAACCCUCAGUCAGACCAUAUUAUCUUCUCCGUGUCCAGUUUCCAUGAGAGCCAACAGACAUGUUCAGCAGAAUUUGUAAAGUGCUUGGCGCAGGGACUUCGGGACGUAAGGGAUCUGUGCAAUAAAUGCAACGCUGACUGCGCUGCCACAGAGGAAAGAAAGGGCCAGACACAGAAGGCACACACACAGACCGAAACAAAGUGGGAGGAAAAAUCCCUCCAGAGACCAUCUGAUUUGACUAAAAACAAGCAAACAGUCCCACAGGUUCUGGUGAAGACAACAGACCAGAGUAGCGUGGAGGCCGAAACUCAGACGCUACCACACGGAGAGGCACAGCCUCUGAGCAAAAUUAGUAAAUCAUAGAAAACUGUCAGUGCCUGUGGUAAUAGUGGUGAUGUGAUAUUAAAUGUGUUUUUCUGUGCUGCAAUAAUGUAUUAGUAAGUCAAUUUUAAAAUAUACACUGUACAAGCUGUGAUACAAAAUGUCAUGUAGAUAUUUAUUGUUGUAGAAGAUGCUUUUUCCAGGAAUUGAAAUGUGGCUACUACAGGAUACAUGUAGCUGAGAGUUCGUGCCAGACGAAUGGGUAAACCUGACAUGAAUCAGCCAAAGAAAGAAGUUUAUUUAUUGCUGACCAACAGGUCUUAGAGUAAGGUUAGUGGGAAAUAUUGAAAAAAAGGAAAACGAGAGAUGCAAACACUGGAGGUUCAUUCGUAUUAUCACAUCUCUGCAUCAUCUUUGCCGUCAGUCAGUUUGACAAAGCAAAAGCAGGCUGUGAGUUAUGCCAAACGGCUGAUUGUCUCACAGUGUCAACCUGCAAAUUGCAUGCUGCUAUCUAAUGAUUUUCGGAAGACCAGAAAACAGCAAUCUUCUCCUUGUGUUGUCUUCAUAAAUUCUUGUGUCUGUUGUACCAGUACCAUGUCAGAAUCAGAAUCAGAAUCAGAAAGGGUUUUAUUGCCAAAUGUUGAGCAGGUUUACAACAUUAGGAAGUUGCUGCGGUGCUUCAGUGCAAA